UUGAAGUCAUUGCGACUCUUACCUCGGUACUUCGAGUUUUCUGACUGCGUUCUUUGCGUCCUUUAGUGUUUUAGACUCAAAUAUGUCUUCAACUCCUAAGAAGUCUGCUGCGAGGCGCCCUGCCGCCAAGCCUACCCAUCCUCCCUUCAAGACCCUGGUUAUCCAGGCAAUGAAGGCGCAGCGUGACGCUAAAGUUCGCAGUUCGUCAAGAGUUGCCAUCACCAAGAUUGUGUGCACUACACACAAACUUCAAGACCCCGCGAAGGUCUCCCGUUUCGUCGGCCAAGCUCUCAAGAAGCUCGUCGAGUCCGGCAAGAUCGUUCGUGUGACCGGUGUUGGGGCAUCUGGCUCUUUCAAGCUACCCCCGAAAGCAUCGGAAGUGAAGGCACCUAAGGUAAAAAAGCCCGCCGCAAAGAAACCAGCUGCCAAGAAGCCAAAGAAGGCAACUACACCGAAGAAGAAGACCGCAGCGAAGAAGACCACUGCCACGAAGAAGACAACAACAGCCAAGAAGCCUGCAGCUGCCAAGAAAUCGACAACAGCAAAGAAGCCAGCUGCCAAGAAGCCAGCUGCAAAGAAACCUGCAGCCAAGAAGCCAGCAGCCAAAAAGCCCGCGGCGAAGAAGCCAGCAGCCAAGAAGGCCGCCAAGUAAGCGUGCUUAUCUUUCUGUAGUCCUCUAGUGCAUAAAAUCUUCCAUGUUUUCUCAUCAAUAGGUCAAAAUACUCAUGUAAAUGUACCGGGCAAAACUUCGCGCAUGUCUUCAUAUUUCAAACCGGCAAAUCAUAGUCAACUCACAACAAUAGUGCAUAUAGCUUGAAAGAAAUUCUCUGCGCAAUAUUGUACUUAUUCUGUGCUGUUAUGUUGUGGGCUUUUUUCCUUAUUUGCUGAAACAAUUACCCUGCGUUUUUCAAUGCAAUGCUGUCUUGAUUUUUCUUCAUUUUGAUUUGAAUCUUAGCACCAUAUUAUGUACAUCUAUCUUACUAUAUGACUUGACUAUUAUCGAGUCUUGUUUCUAAUGUGUUAUCGUCAACGGAAUAAACUAUCGGAUUAUAUCUUCUCGCUGUUUUUCACCUCUUGGAUUUGUGUCGUUUCUCUGAUCAACCUAUUGGCUGUAUUGCCAUCUUUCCAUCUUUGCAAGAAACACCAAUUCACUGUGACAA